CCUGCGCCUGAAACGACAGCGCCCUGAAGAGCUUCCUCAUUUCUAGAACUCGACAGAUCUUCAGAGCAGUGGGGAAACGUCACAGAAUCACUCGCAGAACGCUGUCAGUCCCGACCUGCUUCAUACUGACCGGAAGGAAGAACUUUCCCUGCUCCUGCCAACCCCGCCCGCUGCCGCUCUUUUCUCGGGCGUGGCCAAGGGCCCCAUUGAAGACUCCGCCCGGUCCCAUUCCCGCUACUUGACCGCAACUCGCGUUCCAGGCGAGUCACCACUGCCCCAAGCAGUAGUUCUUCCUUCGGCAUUGGCCCCAUCAGCACCACCAGCCGGUAGGAUGUGGGGGACCCGUCCCCAGGCAGCUGCCGGGCCAGCAGUGGGUUGCUGGAGAACCGCUACCCGGCACCAGGAUAGAGACACACGGACCUUUCCGUCUUCUGCCUCUUCCGUCGCCGUGGCGGGGCAGAAGCUGCCCGCCCCGUUUAGGUUUCACUCCCGCGGAGGUGCUUGAGGCCUAAGGGGAGGAUGAGGAUACAGGCUGCAGCCCCGGCCCUUUGUGUCCUCGGCAUCCGGAGACCCCCGCUUGAAAAGCCGGCAGAAGACAGGGUGCAGGUUUUCCAUGGCUCGGGUUGGAGGCUCCUGUGUAGCCUCGGCCUCUGCUGGGAACAUAGACUCCACUGAUGUCAAACAAGAAAUGACAACUAUUUCGCGGAUGUGGAGAACAGAUAGGUGGUUUCUGCAGUCAAAAUGUACAGCUGCAAAACCUGAGACAUGUCACCAUGGAAAAUGUCCUCCUGAACAGUGCCCCAGUGGGUGGAUAGGUUUCAGAAAUAAAUGUUAUUUCAUCUCAGAGGAGGAAAAAAAAUGGACAUCUAGUCAGACCUUCUGUGCAGAGAAUGAAUCCAUGCUAGCCACUUUUGAAACCCAGGAAGAAAUGCAUUCAUUAGCCAAGCAUUUGAAAAUAGACAACUGCUGGACUGGGUUGCAUAGGAAAGGUGAAACCUUCUACUGGGAGAAUGGCACUGCCUUGAAGAAGGCCUUAUUUCAGAUACAGAAUCACUCUGAGUGUGCCUACUUGGAUGGUUUCACUAUUUCUUCAUCAGCAUACUCUUUGUCCAGGUGCUCGAUCUGUGUCAAACUUCAUAUUGACAGUUAAACAUCCAUUGUGCAGCAGGCCUGCUGUCUCAGACCACCUGGAAGCCUAAACAGGACAGAAGAGGAUUUGUCUCAGCUGCCAAAAUGUGCUUCUAGGUCUUUGCUGCUUUGGAUUUGAGGAUCUGAACUGAAUCCCUUCUGACCACUACAUUCAUGAAGAGUGAAUUUGGAUAAAACUGGAGAAGUGCAGUGGUGGUGCAAUCGGAUCAGCAUGCAGCAAUCCAGCACCACACACCAUCUUUCCUGCCCUGAGACCGUUACAACAGAUGGAGCACAGAAUCAUGAACUAAAAUGACUAAGGGAACAACCAUAGAAUCAGCAACAUUGGAAAAGACCUUUAAGGUCAUCAAGUCCAACCAUUACCCCAGGACUGCCAAGACCACCACUGAACCAUAUCACUGAAGGACCUUAUCUACAUGCUGUGUAGAUAUACCUAUGUGUAUAUCUAUUAAAAGACAGGAAAGGCAA